GCGCUCGCGCGGCGGCGCCAUGGCGACCCUUUGUGGGCGCUGAGUGGCCUCGGACGCCGACCGGGUGGCGGGCCUGCCUUGCGGCGCAGGGCACGAUGUUUGCUAGAGGGCUGAAGAGGAAAUACGGUGACCAGGAGGAAGGAGUAGAGGGUUUUAGCACUGUCCCUUCCUAUAGCCUGCAGCGGCAGUCGCUCCUGGACAUGUCCCUGGUCAAGCUCCAGCUCUGCCACAUGCUAGUGGAGCCCAACCUCUGCCGCUCAGUCCUUAUUGCCAACACAGUCCGGCAGAUCCAGGAGGAGAUGAGUCGGGAUGGUGUGUGGCAUGGGAUGGCACCCCAGAAUGCAGAACGGGCACCAAUUGACCGCCUGGUCUCCACAGAGAUCCUGUGCCGUACAGCCAGGGCAGCUGACGGGGAGCACCCCACUCCUGAACUGGAAGACGGUUCCCUGCAAAUCUCGGCUUCUGAGCUUCCCAUAGUCAGCUCAGCACAGGGGCAAAGGAGCCCUCAGAGCAGCCUCUGGGAGAUGGAUAGCCCACAAGAAAACCGGGGAAGCUUUCACAAGUCACUGGACCACAUAUUUGAGACCCUGGAGAACAAAAACCCCAAUUCCGUGGAGGACCUCUUCUCGGAUGUGGACAGUUCCUACUAUGACCUGGACACGGUGCUGACGGGAAUGAUGAGCGGGACCAAGCCCAGUCUCUGCAGCGGCCUCGAUGGCUUCACAGCUGCCGCCCCCCCUCCCAGCUCCACCUGCAAGUCUGACCUGACGGAGCUGGACCAUGUGGUAGAGAUUCUGGUGGAGACCUGAGAGGAGGCCCUGGGGGCCAAGGACAAGGCCACACCCCAUGGAGCUCACCUGUACCUGACCCAGAGACAGACAAGCACUUGUCCCAGAGCGGGCCCCCGCCUCUCUGACUGACUACAUCCCUGAGGACAGGGCAAGCCAUUGUCAGGAACUGAGCUCUGAAGGCUUUGGGCCCUGGGUUCAUUUUCCUGUUUGUGGGAUCACUGUGGAGGAUGGUGGGCCACAGUUGUGUCUAGUCUUUUAAAUUAGGUAGGUGAACUUUCUAAAAUUAAGUUUUAUAUGUUGUGGGCAAUAUUUUGUCUUAAGAUAUAUUUUUUAAACUUUUUAUACUUUUAGAUUUUUUUCAGCUAUUUUCUUAAAAGUAUAUUUUUUCUACAAACAUCCUCUGCUGCUACAUCAGAAACAUUUAUAACCUAAAUAAUUACAAUUGGUGUGUGUCAUUUUUAAGGUUUAAAUAGAGAAUACUUUUUUGGGAAUGAGUCUCUACACUCCCAAAGCUACAGUGUAAAUGCAGACAGCCAGGUGUCCCGCGAGAGGCUCUGUCGGUCUACAUUGUAGGGAGGGAGUGCCUGAGAUGAGCCGUGCACAGCCCCUGACGGGGUCUGCUCUGCAAGUGCUGUCUUCCUGGGCCUCAGUGCGCAGAUGGUUUUAUUUAUGCCUAUUUAUGUGUAAAUGCCACUGAAGGCUAAA